AUGAAAAAAGUUCAAAGCGCAAAUUGUGAGGUGCAGGAAAAUGCCAGUGAACAGGAAAGUCACUCCUACAAUGCAAAUGAGGUAAACCAUUUCUUCACAAAAGAGGAAACAAGGAAAACACACAUUGAUAAAAAUGGCCCGAACGAGGGGGGGAAGAAUGACACUAGUAGACAUAACGAUGACGGGGGUGAAGCCACGAGCCUCAGUGAUAACCCUAACAAUAACAAUGGGCCCAAUGAUAGUACCGGCGGGGAUGUGGAAGAUAAAAUAGUUAGGAAAUAUCUGAGCAAGCGGAUGAGUAACAUAGGCCUUAACAUCAUCAACGGGAGUGACAGUGCGGGAGGAGACGGAGGUGGAAACGGGAGCGGGGGAGGAGGUGCAGAGGGACAGUCCCACAAACGUCCAUGCGAACCGCCAGCAGACAAGGUCAAUGUCAUCAGCGACAGUGAUGAUAGCGACGGGGACGACGUGCCGCUUCUCAAAACGAUAAAAAUUGAGCAGGCAAAAAUGCGCGUCAAAAUGGGAGACACAGCUGGAAUUAGUAGCGGGGACGCUGUUGCCAAAAUGGGGGUCGCAAUUCUAAAGAAACGAAACGGGAACGAAGGGACAGAGAAAGUAAAAAAUAUUAAACGUUCCCGCAUCAAUGGGCACAUGCAAACUGGUAACAAAGACAGGGACGCCGAUCCUGAGUCAGAUGCAAGUAGCGAUGACCAAUACUUGAUCAAUCUUAUUAACAAGCACGGUGGUAGUGACGACUUCCAAGGCAGUAAAAACAAGCACACUGCAAAACAAAAAGAUGCUGCGCGCCGUUUAAAAGAAAAGGCUAGCACAAAGACAAAAAUCAGUGAAGGCGGAGGGAAAGGAAGCGACUCCUCAACAGAGGAAGAUAGCACAUCCAGCUGUGAUUCGGACCAACCCAUUCUUGUAAAAAGUAAAAUAAAAAAUCAACUCAAUUCGACCCCAAGUAGGGUAGGCAAUAGUAACGAUAGGCAUAGCGACCUGGUGCAAAAAAGCUCCAGCAAUGGUGACACCAUCAGGUCUAAGAAUAAAAACGUACACCGUAAAGAGAACAAUGAAGUGAUUUUGAACAGUAAAGGAAGUGCACAGGUAGUAGUAGUAGUUAACAGUAGUGCAGCCGCAAAGAAAAAAAAUGAGUCCUCAAAACAUAAGAAAGGGGAAACAAAAGAGAAGCGCAAAAAAAGUGUAGUCACGAAAAAGAUAAAGAAAGGCAGCAAAGGGAGUAGUGACAGUACCAAAAGGAGAGAUAAAGGCAGCCGCAAAAAUAAACAAAAACGAAAAUACAGGCACAGUAGUGGUGACGAUUUCGAAAAUAGCCUCAGCCAAAGCAACGACAUUGAAACAGAUUCCAUCAUUAUAGGUACGUUCGACCCACACAAUCGGACCCCUAAGGAAAAGCUCGUCGCACAGCUCCUCAUACGAUGGUGGUAUGUCCUACCGGAGUGGCCAACGCCUGACUUUAAUUAUGAGCCUGAGUUGACCAAAAGAAAAUUGAGGUUAGUCCCACUGGAGGUCUACGAAGAUGAAGAAGAUAUUAACAAAGAAGGAUUUAGGAAGGUAUAUGAAAUUUCUGCCUUUCCGGGGGUCUUUCGAGAUGCAACUGGAACAGCAUAUGACUUAAGGGACAAGGAAUCCUGUCCAUCUUAUAACAACUUUAUGAAGAAAACAGAAUUAGAGUUGCUAGAGUUAAUCUGCCAAGCUAUAAAGAACCAAAUGGAAUCUUUAAAAAAGUCCGUGUAUAGUGAAAGCGCCACGGAGAAGACUCUCGAAAGGGAGCUCAAAGAUGCAGAGGUGAAGCUGAACAAAAUUACAAAAAAAAAGGCAACAAAAACAAAAGCGGGGGAGGACAUACUCGGGGACCACGAGCUGGCAGAAGCGCUCGAAGAGACACCUGGGUAG